CUGAGACCCUUCAUCAGGACUCAAGGGAUGCUGCCCGACCUGCUGAGUUCAUCCAGCUUGUUUGUACAUCAAGAAAUGUUGGUAGGUGUCCUUGGAGGGGAGAUUCCCAUGAUGUGCUGAGCUGUGUCUGCAAAUCUCUCGUGUUUAAAAUUAUUUUGUUAUUUGUAAUAUGAAUUAUAUAAUUACAAGCACUAAACUGCACAUUUCACUUGAAAACACACAUUUUAGAAGGCAACUGAGUUGCAGUAAAUAGGAGAGUAAUUAUCUUUUGUAAGGAUGUACAAAAUUAAUUAUUGUUGAGCCUUAAAGACAUUAAAUAGAACUGAAUGCAUUAUUCAAAACAAUGACAUUAUUAAAAUAAUAGUGUCAUUAUCCUGCUGCAGCAGCAAAAAAAUCAAUAAUCAGAAUUUUUCAAUUCAUCUGCACCUAAAUAAUUAAAUGAUUGAUAUGAUCCCAAAUUUGGAACUUCCUGUUGGAAAAGAGAAAUAAGAUAAACUCUGUAAUUUAUACAUUCAUAUAACCAAUAAAUUAAUUGCAGAAUUGCCUUUAUUGUAAUUACAAGCACUUUAUUGUUCAAUUAAGAUUAAAUGACAUUGGAUUGUUUAAACAAACCAUGCCAGAGAUAAUAAAAGCUUGAGUGUGUUUCACGCUGAAAUAACGUGCUGGAAGGGAAAAUGCACCACAAUUUGAUUAAAUCUCGUGAUAGAGUGACUCACGAUAGUGUACUAUUUCAGAAAAUGGAAGAACGAAUGAUUCUUACGCAAUUGGAAAAUACAAAACGACUUAAAGAAUUCAACUAUAUUUUCAAUGAAAAAGGCCAACUGAGACACAUCGAAACGAACCAACCAUUUGUCUCCAAGCAGUACAACAAUGCUAUGAAUUUGGACCAUGAGUGGUACACUGCCUUUGGAAGAACUUUAGCCGAGUAUAUAUAUGAACUAUUGGAGAAAGGAUGUGGAUUGAAACGACUGUAUGUUCCCGAAGAUGCCGCGGAGGACGAGCCUAAAAGUUUUUGUUUCACGAGCGAAGGUGCCCUAAAUGCUCCUUCGAAGUUGAUUGUUUUCGUCCAGGAUCGCGGGGUUAUGCGGGCUGGUACAUGGUCCCAACAAUUGGUUGUGCAUGAUUGUCUGGACACGGGCACACAAAUCCCCUUCAUUGAACGAGCUCUAAGCGAGCAAUAUGAGGUCAUGGUAUUAAAUCCCAAUGACAACUUCCUGGCAAUCGAGAUGGGCCAUUCCGCGGAUGCUCAAAGUGAACACAAGGUUGAAAAGCCAAAAAGGGGGGUUGAAAGUCAUGAACAGCAUAUGUCCUACAUUUGGGACCACUUCCUAUCCAAGUGUGCUCCCAUGAGUGUGGCGUUCGUUGUUCACGGCUAUGGUGGCUUGGCAUUUAUGAGUCUGUUAACUGAACGUGCAGAGGUGAUGAACAAAGUUUAUACCGUGGCGUUCAUAAAUUCUAAUCACGAUGUAGAUCAUCAGAAUGUUGGCCCAACGGAACGGGACUGGAUCGCAAAGAACUGCCGUAAAUGGCUACUGAGCGAUAAGCCUCUGGACAAGCCCGUGAGCUCUAUGAGGAAAGACUGUCCGCAAGUUUCGGCAGGCACCGAAAACCACGAUUUGGCGCCUGCGACUUGCUUGCACCCUAUUUUCAAGUAUUUGAAGAAAGUUUCAAAUACACAGAAAACUAACCAAUUCACCAGGUCGCCAAUUGUUACAAGACGUUCAAGCAAGGAAAAACUAAAAAGAACAGCUGACAGUAAUUAGCAACCAACAAAGCAAAUCAUAUUAAGAGAAGCUCGUCUAAAAUACCGACUGAUGUUCUCCACACUUAUACUAACACGUUUUCAGCUGGCGUGUUAAUUGUAUUCCACUAUAAUCGCGCAUUUUAACACCUUGCCUUGUAAUGACAGGUAGAAUUGUUUGGUUAUUUAAUGAACCAUUCUUGGCAAUUAACAAUGUUGUGAUGCGUGUGGUCUGUUGAUGUGCCUAACUGGCUGGCUCUGCUUUAACUUCGAAACAAUUUGGUUUUCUGAGGACAUUCACGACUAUUCCCAGAAAUAACAUCGCGUGAGUAUUUUUCUCUUAAAGGAAUUUCGCUUUCAAGCCUGAACAUUUGAGAUUUCGGGAAACGUUUCCCGUUCCUUUCUACCGUCGCGGGGAACCGGAGGUAAAGUGUUCCUCGAACGAGGAAGUAAAGACGGUACAUUUUACCUUUUAUUCCCAAUAAUACCGGGUAAAAAGCCCAAAAAGCAAGCGACCAUCGACACUGGUUAUAUAAUGAACUGCGUUUCAACCUCCUUGUCACAUUUCAAAUGGAGACCUGAACUUUUGGAUCUCGUACUUGUGUUACGCAUACGGGGGAUGGAUACUAAAUCCAUUCUUCACAGCUUCCUAUAUUUAACAGUAUUUUCUCUCUGUUCGUGAUAAUGAAAUCUUCAGUUUUAUUUCGAGCUUGGGCUGAGUUAACAGACACUCGGCCAUUGUGCCACACAACGAUUGUUGAAUCGAUGUGUGGGGCUUUAGUGAACGCCUGUUGGUGAGGAAAGUAAGGUCGCGUAAGAUCUUUCUGCAAGGUUGUCCACCAUCUAUUAAAGACGCAGUAAUGGCGGUUAAUGAAAUUGUGAGAUAUUUGGAGAUUCAGCACGGUAACAGGGCCCUUCUGGCCCCACGAACCCUCGUCGCUCAAUUGCACCCAUGCGACCAAUUUACCAACAACCCGUACAUCUUUGGAACGUCGGAAGAAAUCUGAGCACCCGGAGGAAACCCACAGAGUUUCGGAGAAAACGUACAAACUCCUUCCAACCAGAGUUGGAACUGAACCCCGUUCUCUGGCGCUGUAAUAGCGUUAUGCUACCGUGUUGUGUUGGGUGUGGGGGAAGCAGUCGACGUUUCGGGCCAAGACAUUUCAUCCGAACGAGUUUAUUUCUCUGCAUAGAUGCAGCCUGACUUGCUGAGUUUCUCCAACAGUUUGUUUACUCACGGUUCCCAGCACCUGUAGAAUCUUUGCGUUUACAGUCAGGUUUCCCUGACAGCUGCCUGUAGGAAAGGUCUAACAGCAGCUCCUCCCAGACCACAUAAUUUUAUUGGAGCAUACAGAAGGCAGAGAGUGUUAUAUGAAUUUUAGAGAGGCAGUUAAAGCAAAGGUUCAGCCAGGUAAGUGAUACAGCAGGACGGGCAGCCAGGCACUCCACUAGCUGACCCCAUCUCAAACAAAUCAAGGUCAUCAUAACAGGCUUGGUUGUGGAGCAGGGUGGGCAAGCCACAUUGAUGGGGUACUGUCUGGUUAGGGGUUUAUCUUAAGCCAGGGGUGAGACCCUGAGAUGGUGUGUUGUUAUCUGAUGUCAGGAUCAAAGAUACUUGAGUGGGCACAAUACAUUCGGUAAGGGUGAGCAGUCAGAGAUCAUGUAUCCCCAUUGGGACUAACAACAUGGGAUGAUCUCUCCAAGAAGUUUUUGGGGAGGGUGAAAAUGGGUCCCUUUGGAGUGUUGAAAAUGUGGUGGCAUUGUACUUGAAAGUGACAAAGACUGCUCUGUGCCUUCCUGGUACACUCUUCAACUAACUUUCCCUUUCUUGCAGCAACUGCCUGAUUUAACAUCUGCUUAUCCGACUCUUCACUUCUUUCCCAUCCAGAGGAUCCACUCAUUCAAGGUGGAACAGUGAUUCAUUCGUAUUUCAGAAUUUAAGAGUAUUUAGUGUUCAAAAUGCGGUCAUCUUUAAAUUACAAGAAUCAAAUACAACUGCACAACACACGCACACAGCUAGAGGAACUUGGCAGGCCAGGCAGCAUCUAUGGGGGAAAAAGUAAACACUCAAUGUUUCGAUCCGACACCCUUUAUCAGGACCAGAGAGAAAAAAAGAUGAGAAGUCAGAGUUAGAAGGUGGGGGGGGGGGGAGGAAGAAACAAACAAGUGAAACUGGGAGCAGGGGAGGGGUGAAGGAAAGAGCUGGUAAGUUGAUUGGUGAAAGAUACAAGGUUGGACAAGGGGAGAGUCUGACAAGAGGACAAAGCCAUAGAAAAAAGAAAAGUGGGAGGAGCACCAAAGGGAGUGAUGGGCAGGUAAAGAGAGAGGGAAAAGGAAAUGCUGAGGAAGUGGAAGGGGGUGAAUUACCAGAGGUUUGAGAAAUCAAUGUUCAAACCAUCAGGUUGGAGGCUACCCAACCUAGGCUAUUAGUGUGGAAUGAGCUUCCUGUAGAAGUAGUAGAGGCCAGUUCAGUUGUGUCAUUUAAGGUAAAAUUGGAUAGGUAUAUGGACAGGAAAGGAGUGGAGGGUUAUGGGCUGAGUGCAGGUAGGUGGGACUAGGUGAGAUUAAGAGUUCGGCACAGACUAGGAGGGUCGAGAUGGCCUGUUUCCGUGCUGUGGUUGUUAUAUGGUUACCCAGAUGGAAUAUAAGGUGUUGCUCCUGCAACCUGAGAGUAGCCUCAUUACAACAGUAGAGGAGGCCAUGGAUUGACAUGGCAGAAUAGGAAUGGGAAGUGGAAUUAAAAUGGGUGGCCAUGAGGAGAUUCUGCUUUUUCUGCUGGAUGGAGCGUAGGUGCUCAGCUAAGUGGCCUCCCAGUCUGCGUUAGGUCUCACCGAUAUAGCCAGCAGGUUUACAACUAGAUGAUGGGUGUAACAUAAAUGGAUGGAAGGACAAGCCAAUGAUUGGAUAAAACUGCGAACAGAGCAAAGAGUUAAUUUGUACCACAGAGGCAAAAUUCAAAAGGGCAAGAAUGCAGGACUGUAGGUACUGUAUUUAAAUGCAUGUGGCAUUUGAAAUAAGGUGGACGCAAUUAGAGAUUGGUUGGUAUUAUGUUGUGGGAUCACUGAGUUAUGACUGAAAGGUCAUAGUUGGGAGCUUAACAUCAAAGGAUAUACUUUGUAUUGAAAGGUCAAGCAGGAACGUGUACGCAGUGGUGAGGCCCUGUUGGGAAGAGAUGGAAUUGAUCUUUAGAAAGAUAUGGGGACAGAGAAUGUUGAAUCUCUGGGUGGAGUUAAGAAACUGUAUGAGUUAAAAAAAAUUAUGAAAAUAUAGGCCUCCAAAAAGUAGCCAAGAUCUGGGGUUGAGAUUGCAAAGGGAGAAGGAAAAGGCACAUAAGGGUAAUGACACAAUUGUAAUGGGAGAUUUCAAUAUGCAAGGGGAUUAGGAAAAUCAGGUUGCUUUUGGAUCGCAAGAGAGGGAAUUUGUUGAAUGAUUACGAGAUGGCUGUUUGGAGCAGCUUGUGUUUGAGCCUACUCGGGGAAAGGCUAUCUUAGAUUGGAUGUUGUGUAAUAAUCCAGACCUUAUUAGGGAAAUAAAGGUAAAGGAACCCUUAGUGGACAGUGAUCAUAAUAUGACUGAAUUCAUACUGCCAUUUGAGAGGGAGGAAGUACAAGUCACGUGUAUCUGUAUCACAGUGGAAUAAAGGGAAUUGCAGAGGCAUGAGAGACAAGCUUGCCCAGGUGGAUUGGAGGAGGAUACUGGCGGGGAUGACGGCAGAGCAGACAUGGCUGAAAUUUCUGGGAAAAGUUCACAAGGUGCAGGAUAGAUGUGUCCCACAGAGGAAGAAGUUCCAAAUGGCAGUAGUAGGCAACCAUGGUUGACAAAGGAAGUUAAGGACUACAUAAAAGUCAAGGUACAGGCAUAUAAGGUAGCAAAAGUGAGAGGGAAGUUGGAUGGUUGGGAAGCUUUUAAAAUCCAACAAAAUGCUACAAAAAAAAGUAUAAGAAGGGAAAAGAUUAAAUAUAGGGGCAGACUAGCCAAUAAUAUAAAACAGGAUACCAAAAUUGUUUGUUUUAUAGAGUAAAAGGGAGGUGAGAGUUGAUAUUAGACCGCUGGAGAAGUAGUAAUGGGGAACAAAGAAAUGGCAGAUGAACAAUGGGUACUUUGCAUCUGUAUUCAGUGUGGAAGACACUCACUGUGUGCCAGUCGUCUGAGUGUUAUGGAGCAGGAGUGAGUGCCGUUGCUACUACAAAGGGAAAAAGUGCUGGGCAAACUCAAAGGUCCUGAGGUGGAUAAGUCACCUGGACCAGAUGGACUAUAUUCCAGAAUCCUGAGUGAGAUUACUGAAGAAAACAGAUGCAUUGUUCAUGAUCUUUCAAGAAUCACUUGAUUCUGGCAUAGUCCUGGAGGACUGGAAGAUUGCAAAUGUCACUCCACUCUUUAAGAAGGGAGGAAGGCAAAAGAAAGGGAAUUAUAGACCAGUGGUUGGUAAAGUGUUGUAGUCUGUUAUUAAGGAUGAGGUUUUGAGGUACUUAAAGACUAAUGAUAAAACAAGUCGAAGUCAGAACAGCUUCUGUGAAGGGAAAUCUUGCCUGACAAAUCUGCUAGAGUCCUUCAAGGAAGUAACAAACAAGAGGUAGUGGAUGUCAUUUACUUGGAUUUUCAGAAGGCAUUUGAUAAGAUGACACACAUGAUGCUGCUUAACAAGAUAACAUCCCAUGGUGUUACAGGAAAGAUCCUGGCAUGGAUAGAAGAAUGGCUGACAGGCAGGAGGCAGCGAGUGGGAAUAAAAAGGGCCUUUUCUGAUUGGUUGCCAGUGGUGUUCCUCCAGGGUUAGUAUUGGGACUGCCACUUUUCACAUUGUCAGUGAUUUAGAUAAUGGAAUUGAUGGCUUUAUGGCAAUGUUUGCAGAUGAUAUGAAGAUAGGUGGAGGGGUAGAUGGUGCUGAGGAAGCAAUGUGAUUGUAACAGGACUUGGAUAAAUUGGAAGAAUGGGGGGAAAGUGGCAGAUGGAAUGCAGUGUUGGGAAAUGCAAUGCAUUUUGGUAAAAGGAACAAUGGUGCAGACUAUUAUCGAAAUGGGGAGAAAGUUCAAACAUCAGAGGUGCAGAGGGACUUGGGAGUCCUUCUGCAAGACUCCCAGAAGAUUAAUUUAUAGGUUGACUCUGUGGUAAAGAAGGCAAAUGAAAUUUUGGCAUUUAUUUCAAGGGGAAUAGAAUAUAAAAGCAAGGAGAUAAUGCUGAGGCUUUAUAAGACACUAGUCAGGCUGCAUUUGCGAAUUCAGUUGAUAAUUUUGAGCCCCAUAUCUCAAAAGAAUGUAUUCUCAUUGGAGAGAGUCCAGAGGUGGUUCCAGAAAUGAUGUUGUUAAGAUAUGAGGAACGUUUGGUAGCUGUGGGCCUGUACUCACUGGAAUCUAGAAGAAUGGGGGAUCAUAUUGAAACCUACCACAUGUUGAAAGGACUAGAUAAGGUGUAUGUUGAGAGGAUGUUCCCUAUGGUGGGGGUACCCAGAACUAGAGGGCACAGCCUCAAAAUUGAGGGGUGACCCUUUACAACAGAGAUAAAAGGAAUAUUUUUAGCCAGCGUAGUAAAUCUAUGGAAUGCUCUGCCACAGUCUAUGGUAGAGGCCAAGUACCUAUGUAUACUUAAGGCAGAAGUUGAUUGUUUCCUGAUCAGUCAGGGCAUCAAAUGAUAUGGCAAGAAGGCAGGUGUAUGGGAUUGAGUGGGAUCCUGGAUCAGCCAUGAUGGAAUGGCAGAGCAGACUCGAUGGGCUGAAUGGCUUAAUUCAGCUCUUGUGUCUUAUGGUCUUGUGAUGUACAGGAGGCCACACCAGGAGCACCGGAUACAAUAAAAGACCCCAACGGACGGGUGAAGUGUUGCCUUCAAAGAAAGUGAAGCCCGUUUCUUUGAAAGAGGACAUCUCCUUCUCACUAGAAUGAAAAGCCUCAUCCUGAGACAAUAUGUGGCAGAGACAGAGGGAUUGAGAGAAGGAGAUGGCAUUUUUACUACCAUUCAGGGCCCGAAAGUCUUUCCAGAUAAGGCAACACUUCACCUGCAUGUCUAUUGGGGUCUUCUACUGUAUCCGGUGCUGCUGGUGUGGCCUCCUGUAUAUUGGUGUGACCCGACUUGCAUUAGGAGAAUACUUUGCUGAGCUCCUACGCUCUGUCCCCCAGAGAACGCGGCAUAUCCCCAUGGCCACCCAUUUUAAUUCCACUUCACAUUCCAGCAUGUCAGUCCAUGGCUACCUCUACUGUCAUGAUGAGGCCACACUCAGAUUGGAGGAGCAGCACUUUGUAGUUUGUCUGAGUAGCCUCCAAACUGAUGACAUGAACCUCGAGUUCUUGAACUUCUGGUA